GGAACAGGGAGAAGAGGAGCCAGCUCUGGUCUUGGGGGGGGGGCGGGCUGCCAGGAGGUGACCAUGCCAGGAGGAGGACGCGGCGGCCGGGCGGGGGCGGCGGUGCUGCCCGUGGCCGGGAUGUGGGCGCUGCUGUGGGGUGCUCUCGCGGGGGCCGGCGUCGCUGGCACGUGCCCCACUCUCUGCACCUGCAGCGGCACCACGGUGGACUGCCACGGGCUGGGCAUCAAAGCGGUGCCCAGGAACAUACCAAGGAGCACAGAGAGACUGGAGCUGAAUGGAAACAACCUCACACGCAUCACCAAGAACGACUUCUCCGGCCUGAAGCACCUCCGUGUCCUGCAGCUGAUGGAAAACCAGAUCAGUGUCAUAGAGCGAGGAGCCUUCGACGACAUGAAGGAGCUGGAGAGACUGCGCCUGAACCGAAACCAGCUGCAGCAGCUCCCCGAAAUGCUGUUCCAGAGGAACCCAGCGCUGUCCAGACUGGACCUGAGUGAGAACGCCAUCCAGGCCAUCCCCAGGAAGGCCUUCCGAGGAGCCACCGACAUCAAGAACCUUCAGCUGGACAAGAACCACAUCAGUUGCAUCGAGGACGGGGCGUUCCGUGCCAUGAGGGGCCUGGAGGUCCUGACCCUGAACAACAACAACAUCAGCAGCAUCCCAGUCUCCAGCUUCAACCACAUGCCCAAGCUGCGGACCUUCCGUCUGCACUCCAACAACCUGCACUGCGACUGCCACCUGUCCUGGCUGUCCCAGUGGCUCCGGCAGAGGCCCACUGUCGGCCUGUUCACCCAGUGCGCCUCCCCGACCCAGCUCAGAGGCAUCAAUGUGGCCGAGAUCCAGAAGCACGAGUUCACCUGUUCAGGUCAGUCAGAGUCGGCGGGUCCCCAGCCCUGCAGCCUGGCGGCCGGCUCCUGCCCUGCCAUGUGCACCUGCAGCAGCAACAUCGUGGACUGCAGAGGGAAGGGGCUGACCGCCAUCCCCGCCAACCUGCCCGACGGCAUGGCCGAGAUCCGCCUGGAGCAGAAUGGCAUUAAGUCUGUGCCCCCUGGAGCCUUCUCUCCCUACAAGAAGCUGCGCAGAAUAGACCUCAGCAACAACCAGAUCUCCGAGAUCGCCCCGGACGCCUUCCACGGCCUGCGAUCCCUCAACUCCCUGGUCCUCUAUGGGAACAAGAUCACGGAGCUGCCCAAAGGGGUGUUCGACGGCCUCAGCUCCCUGCAGCUGCUCCUGUUGAAUGCCAAUAAGAUCCAGUGUGUCCGUGGCAAUGCCUUCCAGGACCUGCAGAACCUGUCGCUGCUCUCUCUAUAUGACAACAAGAUCCAGACGCUGGCCAAGGGCACCUUCAGCUCCCUGCGUGCCAUUCAGACCCUACACCUGGCCCAGAACCCCUUCAUCUGCGACUGCAACCUGAAGUGGCUGGCGGACUACCUGCGCGCCAAUCCUAUCGAGACUAGCGGGGCACGCUGUGCCAGUCCCAGACGCCUCGCCAACAAGCGCAUCGGCCAGAUCAAGAGCAAGAAGUUCCGCUGCUCCGCCAAGGAGCAGUACUACAUCCCAGGCACGGAGGACACCCGCCUGAAUAACGACUGCAACAGUGACCCUGUGUGUCCGCCCAAGUGCCGCUGCGAGGCCAACGUGGUGGACUGCUCCAACCUGCGCCUCACCAAGAUCCCCGAGCACAUCCCAGCGUCCACUGCGGAGCUGCGCCUCAACAACAAUGAGAUCUCAGUUCUGGAGGCCACGGGUGUCUUCAAGACUCUCUCCCAACUCAAGAAGAUAAACCUAAGCAACAACAAGAUCUCAGAGAUUGAGGAUGGUGCGUUCGAGGGGGCCUCCUCUGUCAACGAGCUGCACCUGACCGCCAACCAGCUGGACUCAGUGCGGAGCGGCAUGUUCCGAGGCCUGGAGGGACUGCGCAUGCUAAUGCUCAGGAACAACCGCAUCAGCUGCAUCCACAACAACAGCUUCACUGGGCUGUACAACGUGCGGCUGCUGUCCCUCUACGACAACCAGCUGACCACCAUCGCACCCGGGGCCUUCGACACGCUGCAGACCCUCUCCACGCUUAACCUGCUGGCCAACUCCUUCAACUGCAACUGCCGGCUGGCCUGGCUGGGGGAGUGGCUCCGGAGCCGCAAGAUCGUGACGGGCAACCCCCGCUGCCUGCGCCCCGCCUUCCUGAAAGAGAUCCCCCUGCAGGACGUGGCCCAGCCGGACUUCCGCUGUGAGGAAGGUCAGGAGGAGAGCAGCUGCCUGCCCCGCCCGCAGUGCCCCAGCGAGUGCACCUGCCUGGAGACGGUGGUGCGCUGCAGCAACAAGCACCUGCGGGCCCUGCCCAGGGGCGUCCCCCGAAACGUAACCGAGCUGUACCUGGAUGGAAACCAGUUCACCAUGGUGCCGUCAGAGCUCUCCACCUUCAAAUACCUCCAGCUUGUGGACCUGAGCAACAAUAAAAUCAGCUCCCUGUCCAACUCCUCCUUUGCCAACAUGAGCCAGCUCACCACACUGAUCCUGAGCUACAACUCCCUACACUGCAUCCCCGGCCUUGCCUUCGCAGGACUGCGAUCUCUGCGACUGCUGUCCCUGCAUGGCAACGACAUCUCAGAGCUCCCAGAGGGGAUAUUCCGUGAUGUGGCCUCUCUGUCGCACUUGGCCAUUGGAGCAAACCCGCUGUACUGCGACUGCCGCCUACGCUGGCUCUCCGAUUGGGUGAAAACGGGCUACAAGGAGCCCGGUAUCGCUCGCUGUGCCGGACCGCCCGGCAUGGAGGGCAAGCUGCUGCUGACCACUCCCGCCAAGAAGUUUGAGUGCCAAGAUGCUGUUGACCCUGCAGUCCUGGCCAAGUGCAACCCCUGCAUGUCCAACCCGUGCCAAAACCAGGCCACCUGCCAGCCUGACCCUGUGGACACCUACCAGUGCACCUGCGCAGACGGAUUCGAGGGCAGGAACUGUGAGACGGCUCUCAGCGCCUGCGCCAGUAACCCCUGCUCCAACGGAGGGACCUGCAGCGCCACCGGGGAGGACGGAGAGGACUACAGCUGCUCCUGCCCCCUGGGCUUCGAGGGCCCGGCCUGCGAGAUUGACGUGGACGACUGCGAGGACAACGACUGUGAGAAUGGAGCCACCUGCAGGGAUGGCCUUAACAACUACACCUGCGUGUGCCCACGCUUCUAUACCGGAGAGCUGUGUGAGGAGAUGGAGGAUGUGUGUGCUGCAGGGCGUAACCCUUGUCACCACCUUUCCACCUGCAUCAUCACUGCCAUCGGACCCAAGUGUGUGUGCGCUCCUGGCUAUGUGGGUGAUGACUGCAGCGUGGACUUCGAUGACUGUGAGGAGAACCACUGCCAGAAUGGAGCGCAGUGCAUAGACGAGAUCAACGGAUACUCCUGCUUAUGCACUGAGGGGUACAGUGGGCAGCUGUGUGAGGUGUCCCCUGCGCCCCGUUCUCUCUGUGACCGGGCAGAGUGUCAGAACAGCGCCCCCUGUAUGGAGAGAGGGGGCAGGGCGCUGUGCCAGUGUCUGCCCGGGUUCGGAGGCCCACGCUGUGAGAAGCUCAUCAGCGUCAACUUCGUGGACAGAGACUCCUACCUGCUGCUCAGCGACCUGAAGAACUGGCCUCAGGCCAACAUCACACUGCAGGUGUCCACUGCAGAGGACAACGGCAUUCUGCUCUACAAUGGAGACAAUGACCACAUCGCCGUGGAGCUGUUCCAAGGUCAUGUCAAGGUCAGCUACGACCCUGGCAGCCAGCCCAGCCAUGCCAUCUACAGCACAGAGACCAUCAAUGACGGCCAGUUCCACACGGUCGAGCUGGUGACCUUUGACCAGAUGGUGAACCUGUCCAUUGAUGGGGGGCUCCCGACGACCAUGGACAGCCUGGGGAAUGUGCGGCCCCUGAAAGGAGAGGCCCCGCUAUACGUAGGCGGCAUGCCCGAGGACGUCCACUCCGCCGCCCUCCGCCUCUGGCAGAUCCAGAACGGCUCCAGCUUCCACGGCUGCAUCCAGAACCUCUACAUCAACAACGAGCUGCAGGACUUCACCCAGACGCAGAUGAAGCCCGGCGUGGUGCCGGGCUGCGAGCCCUGCCGCAAGAUCUACUGCCUGCACGGCAUCUGCCAGCCCGACGGUGCCGCCGGGCCCGUGUGCCACUGCCAGCCCGGCUGGAGCGGGUCCAACUGCGACCGGCCCGCCAGUGAUCCCUGCCAGACAAACAAGUGUGUCCAUGGCAAAUGUGUUGCCUUGGAUGCGCAGUCCUACCGUUGCGAGUGUGAGGAAGGGUACCGCGGUGCCCUCUGCAACCAGCAGGGGGAGCUCUCGAACCCGUGCGGCGCUCUGCAGUGCGAGCACGGCCGGUGCCAGGUCUCGGAUGUGGGUGAAGCCUACUGCCACUGCGACAGCGGCUACAGCGGGGAGCUGUGCGACACAGAGUCAGAGUGCCGUGGGGAGCCCGUGCGGGACUUCCACCAGGUGCAGCGGGGCUACGCCAUCUGCCAGACCACGCGCAUGAUGACGUGGUUGGAGUGCAAGGGGUCCUGCGGCGGCGCGGCCAUGGGGGGGGGCACCCCAGCAGGAGGGGGUACCUCCUGCUGCGGCAGCCAGAGGAUGAAGCGCAGGAGGUACACCUUCGAGUGCAGUGACGGCACCUCCUUCAGCCAGGACGUGGAGAAGACCAUCAAGUGCGGCUGCAUGCGGUGCAUGUAGCA